AUGGGCGCCCUGGCUUCCAGGGCAGCCUCGGUCGUUCCCACGGGCGCGGCGGGCGAGGUGCCUCGGUCUCCGCUCCCCGACGAUGUGGCGGGAAGGGUUCGCCGCUGUGCCAGUGCGCGGGAUGGGCUCAUGGAAGAGCUGCAAGAGCUGAAGGACAGGGGCAUGUGGAACCCGAGGAACCCCUCGCACGCCAAGAUAGCCAUCUGCGCCGCAGAGGCUUCUGGUCACGUGCUGAGGCUCCUCGGCACCUUCGACAUGAUGGUGUCCAGGGCGCUUGCCGCGCCUUACUUCGAGAACGCGACCUCGCAACUCCGAAAAGGGCUGAAUCGUUCGGAGACGCCCUCAUUGAAAAAUUGGACGCCGCCGCUUGAUUUCUUCCCAACUUUGCUGGCAAAUUUCAUCCGGGUCGACCACCCUGCCGUCGACGACAUGAUGGAGAAACUAGUUGUGGAAAAACAGAUGCUGCUGACGAGCACAGAAGGAGAUUUCGAAGCCACAGCAUUAACUCCGACGAUUAAUUUCCCCGAGCACCUCGGCAUGCUCUACAUCUUUCGUGAUCCGAACUUGGAAAGAACGAAGGAAUUCGAGUUCGAUCCGGCAGCAAAAGUCGUGACCUAUGACAACCGAGAAGCGUACACGAGCGAUGUAGCUAAAAUUACACUUCCCAAGGAGGACCGCCGGGUUGCCCUCAUUCCCGAGAAUGCGACUCGGUUUGCUUAUGUCUACUCGUGUGACUGGCUCAAAGAUGGGGGAUUCCUGUAUGUCGAUGACCAGGACAUCGUGCGGGGCGUGAAUGCACUCAGCUUCGAGGAAGGUUUUUUCGGAUUUCAAUUCAAGGCCCCUGAAAAGCUGAAGCAGGUAGAUGAAAUCAUGAAGCCGGUUGACGG